GGUGCGUGAAAAUACCAUACGUUUUACUGUGAAGCUUAUGUAAUAAAUAAAUAUAUAUGGUCUAAAUUAGUAAACAUAGGAUACUCGUAAAGCAAGCAUCGAAGUACAAAUAGAGGAAAGAAAGUUGAAGAAAUGUCCAGUAAUUGUGGCAACGAUGGGGACGGAGGAGAACGACAAAAGCACGAUCCCAUCGAAAUGGGCAAGCUAUUGUGCCCAAAAGACUUACCCAUAUCAGGACAACCAGCAUCGGACACAACAGCUACAUCCACAAGCCAUCAGCUAACCAAAAUUAUCCUGCCAGAGCGUGGAAGUUGGAGUUCAAAAUUGGAUUUUAUAUUGUCUGUAGUGGGGCUUGCGAUCGGCUUAGGAAAUGUUUGGCGGUUUCCCUACUUGUGCUACAAGAAUGGAGGCGGCGCGUUUAUUCUUCCAUAUAUUUUGACACUCUUCUUGGCUGGAAUUCCGAUGUUUUUUAUGGAGCUGGCGCUAGGUCAAAUGUUGACUAUCGGCGGCUUGGGCGUCUUCAAAAUCGCUCCAAUUUUCAAAGGAAUUGGAUAUGCUGCUGCCGUCAUGUCUUGUUGGAUGAAUGUUUACUAUAUUGUGAUUCUGGCCUGGGCAGUAUUUUACUUCUUCAUGUCAAUGCGAGCGGAUGUACCUUGGCGUACGUGUAACAACUGGUGGAACACCAUCAACUGUGUCAAUCAGUAUGAGAGGAAGAAUCUGCAUUGUUGGGAUAAAAUGAUAAAUGGAACAGCAAGCAAGGUUUGCUCAGUGGCAGCCGCAAAUAUUUCGUCAACAGAGCUUACGGAUCCAGUUAAAGAAUUUUGGGAGCGGCGGGCAUUGCAAAUAUCCUCUGGCAUCGAUGAAAUAGGCAACAUUCGCUGGGAGCUAGCGGGCACUUUGCUACUUGUUUGGAUACUUUGCUAUUUUUGCAUCUGGAAAGGAGUUAAAUGGACCGGAAAAGUCGUCUAUUUCACGGCACUCUUUCCCUAUGUUCUACUAACAGUUUUAUUGAUUCGUGGCAUUACCCUGCCUGGUGCCCUCGAGGGUAUCAAGUUUUAUAUUAUUCCCAACUUUUCGAAACUUUCUCAUUCCGAGGUUUGGAUCGAUGCCGUAACGCAAAUUUUCUUUUCGUAUGGAUUGGGUCUUGGAACUUUGGUGGCGCUUGGAAGUUACAAUAAAUUCACCAACAAUGUGUACAAGGAUGCGUUAAUUGUGUGCACAGUUAACUCCAGUACAAGUAUGUUUGCCGGAUUUGUAAUAUUCUCGGUGAUUGGAUUCAUGGCUCACGAGCAACAAAGGCCUGUGGCAGAAGUGGCAGCAUCAGGUCCUGGCUUAGCGUUUCUUGUAUAUCCGUCGGCAGUGUUGCAGCUUCCCGGAUCUCCGAUGUGGUCAUGUCUCUUCUUUUUCAUGCUUCUUCUUAUAGGCUUAGAUUCACAGUUCUGUACAAUGGAAGGCUUUAUCACAGCUAUAAUCGACGAGUGGCCACAAUUACUCCGGAAACGCAAGGAAAUCUUUAUAGCCAUCGUUUGCAUGUUAAGCUACUUAGUUGGCUUAACUUGCAUAACACAAGGUGGCAUGUAUAUCUUCCAAAUACUUGAUUCCUACGCGGUUAGUGGCUUUUGCUUACUUUGGCUUAUAUUCUUCGAGUGUGUUUCCAUAUCCUGGUGCUAUGGAGUUGAUCGGUUCUACGAUGGUAUCAAAGACAUGAUUGGAUAUUACCCCACGGUAUGGUGGAAGUUUUGCUGGUGUGUCACGACACCCGCAAUAUGUUUGGGAGUGUUCUUCUUCAAUAUAGUGCAAUGGACGCCUAUUAAAUAUCUGGACUACAGUUAUCCAUGGUGGGCCCAUGCGUUCGGUUGGUUUACGGCAUUGUCUUCGAUGCUCUAUAUUCCAGCAUAUAUGUUUUGGUUGUGGAAACGGACGCCAGGAGACUUAUGCGAGAAAAUACGUUCGAUUGUUCGAAUUGAUGAGGACAUUACGCGGUUACGUGAAAAAAUGCAGCGCGAAGCAUAUGCUAAGGAAAUUGAGUUUAAUUCAUAAUAGGAUUAAAAACAUUAUCCAUAAAGUACUCGCCAAUUUUAUAAAUAAUUUAAUAUGCAAUAUUUUAUAUAUUUUGAUGCAGCUGUAGUUGUAGAGUUCUAAUUAAGUAAGAUUCUGUUUUUGCUUUAAAAACAACAGCACGAACAUUUCAACGUUUAUGAACAAUUCAUGUUUGUUACCUUGCGAUACUUUGAAUUUCAUGAACUCUUAAUGUUGAAAUAUUUUAAUUUAAUAUAGGGUAGUUUUCUGAAUGUAAACUAUUGUAGAGAAUGUGUUUUGAAGCAACUAAUUAAUAACAAUAACAAACGCAAUGCAAUCAAAAUUUCAUCGAUUGAUAUAAUGUUAGUAUUGUGACUAAUGAUUUGUAUCAAUUGGGUAAUUUUUGCGAAUUCUAUAAUAUUUUUUCUAAUGCUCAGCGUUGCCUAUACUUACAAACAUAAUUAUAUAGAUGUUAUGUACUAUUUGUACAAUUGUACGUCAGUGGCUUACUAUAAUUUAUUAAUUAAUAUAGUUUUAAAUUAAUUAUACAAAUUAGAAAUUACUUAGUAAUAAUAUGCCCCAUAUAUUUUAAUGUUAUAAUAUACUAGAUAUCCAUAAUACAAAUACAUUGCUCUUCGAUAUAAAGCUUUAUGCAAAAAAAGAAUACAAAAUAACAGAAAAACACACACAGAAACAUGAAUGAAAAUGUUUUACCACGUUGAUUAUGUACAUAAGAAUACAUAUGAAUAUACAAAGUAUUUGCGGGAAUUAGUUGUAUUCACUGUUUAAAUGUUAAGACGUUAAUUGCUUGUGUCAAUUAGAGUUAUUUCUUAUUAUUUAA